AUGCAAAGCCUUUCUUCAAUGCUCUCACCGCUCAACGGAAACGAUGCCAACAACGGCCAACAAGGAGAAUCUGCAAACUUGCAAACGCCACUUAGCAUCUCGAUUCCACUUAAUGAGUAUGAGGUUCCAGGACUUCAGCACGCUGCCGAAGAUUCAUUUCUUGGAAAUCAGGUCAAUCCAAUCUGGCCAAUUACUUACCAACAACAACCACUUCUUCGUUCCAAGAGUCCAGAGAUGGACGCAUUGGCAGAAUUAAACGCCGAAGUUGGAAAUCAGUAUACGUAUCAAAUGUUCGACUCGGAAGGAGCCAGCAACAGCGGCUAUCAUUUUGGAAUGGAAUCUGAUCCACGCACCGGCUACGACAAGCACAUGUUCGCUGCCGUCGACCCGGCCCCAUACCAAGAUCGCUAUUACCAAUGCGCGUAUGGACAAUCGAAAAGCCAGCGAGUGGCAAUCCGUCACAAGCUCGACGACAAAGACCAGGACGGCGGUCCGGACACGAAACGUCAUUGUGUCGAGGCGCCGAGAUUGGGAAAUGAGUACAGCGUCAUCGUGCCGAACACAAGCAAAUCGAUUCCUUCUUCUCGGGUGCUAGUAAGCAGAUUGAUUAGAGAAAAAGAAAGUCAAACCUAUAAUUUACAUCAGAAAACGGAGACGGCACAGAGUAACACACACUCACGCAACCUAGCUUCGUGCCUUCUAAGAGACAGAGAAUGGGACGCUUUAGGCUACCCAGAGGCAAAGGACGGAGAACAAGAAGACAAGGAGACUCAUGAGGUCAUCACCGACGUCAUCUCGAUUCUUCGCAAUCAGGAAAACUCUGGGUUUGCAGUUCCACUGCCAGUGGUAAAGGCCAAGUCCGCAAAAUGUCGUCAAGUCGAGUGCAUGCAAAGAGAGCGUCACACAAAGGUAAUUUACCUCACGACCCGAAAACGACAACUGCCUCCGGCGAUGCCGGACGGAAAUGGGCAAACUUAUACCUUUGCUCCGCCCAGGAAUCGCCACAAUUUAGCAAAGCUCAACCUUAGUGAAAUACAUCCGCCCGUACAAGAUUCGUCAAAUGACGAUAAUAUGAAUAGCUUAGAUUAUGUUAAACAAUACCUCUCAAACACACUGAUCAUACCUCCAAAUGGCGAAGUCCACGAGUUCGAAAGACAUCACUUGGAAGAGAUGGAACUUUUGGGGAAUGGGAGUUUUGGUGUCGUUCGAAAAAUGCUUCAUAUACCGACAGGAGUAGAAAUGGCAGUCAAAAAAAUAACACUGCUAACCAACGGACCUGACGACGCCUUCAACAAAUCUAUGCAGAGGUUCAGAUUAGAAGUAGAAGCAACGAAAGCAGCCAGUAACUGCGAUGAAAUUGUUAGAUACUAUGGAAUCACGUUUCAUGAGGGAGUUGCAUGGAUGUGUAUGGAGUUGAUGGAUCUGUCGCUGGACAAGUUGUACAUGAUUGCUCAUGACAUACAAAGUGAAGAUGUGCCCGAACAGAUUCUAGGAGCUGUCGCAGUAGCUACUAUUCGCGCUCUGGACCAUCUCAAAACGUCCCAUCACAUCAUUCAUCGAGACAUCAAACCAUCAAACAUUCUGUUGAACAGGUCUGGUGGUGUCAAGUUAUGCGAUUUUGGAAUCUGUGGCUAUCUACAAAACUCUGUUGCUCAAUCGAUUGAUGUCGGUUGUCGGCCGUAUAUGGCGCCGGAACGCCUUGCACCCAACGCCGACGGUUAUGAUAUCAAGUCUGAAGUAUGGAGUCUAGGUAUCACCAUGGUUGAAGUGGCGAACGGAAAAUAUCCCUAUGAUGGCUUCAUGGACGCCCCAAUUCUGGACCAAGUUCGAAUGGUGGUCUAUGGUGAUCCACCCAUACUCAACCCGGAGCGUGAUACAUCCAUGCAGAUGAAAAUGUUCAUAGCUCAAUGUACAAUCAAAGAUCGACGCUUACGAGCAAGUUUUGAAGACCUGAAAAGGACUAGCGUGUUCCGUGAUUACACUCAUAGUAUUGAACACAAAGAAAUCGUCGGAGAUUUUGUCCUCAGAAUGUAUCAACAUCGUCUAAAACUGCCGUUCGCACAAUUUUAA